GCUUCCUGCCGUCGCGCUACGCUCUUUUGGCAGACACAACAUUGUAUCUCUUGUAUCUAUCGUGCCUAUCAUCACCUUAUCUUUCUCAUCCGUGAAGAUCCUGACCAUUUCUCCCAUCCUUCCUGCUGUUCUUUCCUCUUUCUGUCUCACCGUCGCCCAUUUUCUUGUUGGAAAAACGUUUCUCACACAUUGAAAUUGAAAACACAAUCCCAAACAUAAGGCAACUUACUACUGCAAUGGCACACAAACUGAGCCUCGACCAAGAUGGAAACAGAAGCAGGGAUAUUCUAUUGGCGGACAUUGAAACUUGGAAAUGCAGAGACAGUUCAGAAAGACGAGUUCCAGACAUUGGCCUUUGCGAGCAGAAUAUCAAAAGUGUUUCAGAUUCUAAUGAGAAAAAAGCCAAGAACUACGAAACCAUUUGGAAGAAACAUAUAGAAAUCCGAAAGUCUGAAUUGGAGUCGAACGAAGAGCUACAGAAAUGGUUGAAUCUUUGGUAGUCCUUGUUCAUUUGCUGUGAAAUAAAGAAUGUAUAUCUGA